AUGCGUCGCGUGUCUCUCUGGCUGUCGUCGCAUACGGCGGGUCGUCCCGGCUUCACACCAUACCAAAUUGUGUUGAAGGCCGUGGAGCACGACGGGCGUGGUCUUCUCGCCGCUGCGGAAGUGUUCAAACAGUUUCAGCGUUUCUACCGAUCGUAUCAGCAGGAGGAGACGCAGCGUGCGCAGGCGCCUUCCGUGUGUGCAGAGCCUUCUCGCACAACCGCUGGUGACGCUGCCGCCGCUGCACCGCCUUUCAUGUCGGGGAAGCCACUCACAGCGUUUUGCGGUCGGGUGGAGGAUGUGGAGCCGAUGACGGUGUUGCUGCUCAAGGUCCUCUGCGACCUCCAAAAGCUGGAGGAGAUGCGCUUCCUCUUCACGCAGUGUUUGCUGGAGCAGGAGAAUCGCACCCCGUCCGUGGAGCUGUUUAACGUUUUUCUGCUUGCCAUUAGCAUGACCGACACCUUCAACGAGUAUGAGGUGGAGAACCUUGUCGAGCUACAGCGUGCAAAGGGUGUCGUGCCGGAUGUGGUGACCAAACUGUCAAUAUUUCUUCUGUAUCUGCGUCUCGGUCACGAAAGUUGUGUGGCAUGGUGGCCCGGGAUUCGUGAGGAAGUCGAAAUCAUCACCGAGACCGGCGCCGUUGCACGCUACCCGCUUCUCCCGCUGCGCCUGCAACACUGCUUCCAAACGCUUCUACGGCUGCACUACGAUACUGCUGUCAUUCAGGAGAGUUUUGAGCUGCUACACCGCGCUGCGCCGGAGCGUGUAACACCGUCGAUUGUGCUACCGUACCUUCUCCUUAGUGCGAUGAACAUGUCGACACCGCCAUCCUCAGUGGUGAAAGUGUUAGAGCUGUUGCAGGCACGGGAACGACAGCCAUCUUCGUCGCCUGAGGCAGCCGCUAGCGUGGAGGCCGCUGGCUCCUCCUCGUCUUUCUCCCCCAGUGCAGCAAUGACAGCCGUGCGAGAGCCGGUGCUGAGCAGCGAGAUUACGGUGUUCCGUCUGCUGGCCAAGUGCGCCAAACACGGCGAUGCGGACGCCGCUACGUACAUGCGCUCCUACAUCAACACGUACCGCCGGUUUGGACUUGUGGCGAAGGAAAACGAGCCCGUAGCGGCACUGCUCUACGUAGAGGCGCUCACCAAAGCGGGGCGGGUGCGCUCCGCCCUGCGGGUGUUGGAAAGCGAAGUACCGGCGCCUUACAAUCGACCUGGUGAGCGACCGAAGCUCUUCCUGCAGUCCCGCCGCCUGUCGCUCUUGUCCACAGACCCCGUGCGAAACGUGGUCGCUGCUCUCACCCCACUCGUCGCGGCAACCCAUGUCGAGGAUCCUGCCAUGGUGCUUGUAGCGGAAAAGACGGCUGCUGAGUGCGCAGGGGAGCGCGAACCGGUUCCGGUUACCUCCGUUACACUCGACUUGCUUCUGGCCGCGUGCGAACUAGCUGGCGGCGCGACGCGCGCAGAGCAGGUGCUUUGCCUCUACCCGCGUUACGAGACCGCGCCCACCAGCACCACUUACGCGCUUCUACUGGAAGUAUACGCUGCAACUGCGCCGGUGGACGGGGCUUUGCGGCUACCGUCACUGCAGCGCGAGAUGGAGGAUGCCGGCAUCACUGUGGAUGCUGCUUGGCUGCAGGCGGCCAUGGCCGUCGCACUCAACGCCCGAGACAUCGGUACUGCUCUCCGUGUCGCGGAGUUGAACGUGGCACACAGGUCGUGUGUCGAUGUAAAGCACGGAGCGCGCCUCCUGCGGGAGCUGGCCGUAUCCGCUGACGCUGCUGCGAUGAGGCGGGCUGUACACCUGCUACGGUCAAGUAACUCAACCGUGGACUCGCGAAGUGUGGCGCUGUGCACGGCCGUGCUACGUAAUUUGGGCGUCUCCACCGCUGUACUGAAUAUGGACGCCGCAGCUCCCACUAUGUGA